UUUGUCAGCCAUUUCCUCCCUCCACUCAUCCAGCUGGCACCGUCUCCUCCGCGCUGCUCGGGACCUCCGUUCGGCCUCAGCAGCUCCCACCUGGCCGGGCUUCGGCCGCAGCACCGCGGCGUAGCCCCCUGCACACCCCGCUCCGUCUCCGGGCGGACGACAACACAGUAGACAUGGCUCUGAAGAUCGUCAAAGGGAGCAUCGAUCGGAUGUUCGAUAAAAAUCUCCAGGAUUUAGUACGUGGCAUCAGGAAUCACAAGGAGGACGAGGCCAAGUACAUCUCCACAUGCAUCGAUGAGAUCAAACAGGAGCUCAAGCAAGAUAACAUCGCUGUCAAAGCUAAUGCUGUGUGCAAGCUCACCUACCUUCAGAUGCUCGGCUAUGAUGUCAGUUGGGCCGCCUUCAACAUUGUUGAAGUUAUGAGCUCGUCAAAGUUCACAUACAAGAGGAUUGGCUAUUUGGCAGCCUCGCAGUGCUUUCAUGAGAGUACAGAUGUCAUCAUGCUGACAACCAAUCAAAUCCGAAAAGAUCUCAGUAGUCCCAACCAGUAUGACACAGGUGUUGCCCUCACUGGCCUCUCAUGUUUUGUGACUCCUGACUUGGCUCGGGACCUUGCCAAUGACAUCAUGACACUGAUGUCACACACUAAACCAUAUAUAAGGAAGAAAGCUGUGUUGAUCAUGUAUAAGGUGUUUUUGAAGUACCCAGAGUCCCUACGCCCUGCUUUCCCCAGGCUCAAGGAGAAACUUGAGGAUCCAGACCCAGGUGUUCAGUCAGCAGCAGUAAAUGUUAUCUGUGAGCUCGCCAGGAGAAAUCCCAAGAACUAUCUGUCUCUGGCACCACUCUUCUUCAAACUCAUGACCUCUUCCACUAACAACUGGGUUCUCAUCAAGAUCAUCAAGCUGUUUGGUGCGCUCACACCACUUGAGCCGCGGCUGGGAAAGAAGCUUAUUGAACCUCUGACAAACCUAAUCCACAGUACCUCUGCCAUGUCUCUGCUGUAUGAAUGUGUUAACACUGUAAUUGCAGUGUUGAUUUCUUUGUCCACUGGGAUGCCUAACCACAGUGCUAGUAUCCAGCUCUGUGUGCAGAAACUGCGAAUCCUGAUAGAAGACUCGGACCAGAACUGUGAGCCCUCUGUCAAUGCCUGCAUGAAGUACUUAGGCCUGCUGGCCAUGUCGAAGAUCCUGAAGACCCACCCCAAGUCAGUGCAGUCUCACAAGGACCUCAUCCUGCAGUGUCUGGACGACAAAGAUGAAUCUAUUCGUCUCAGAGCUCUGGACCUGCUCUACGGCAUGGUAUCUAAAAAGAACUUGAUGGAGAUUGUAAAAAAGCUGAUGCUACACGUAGACAAAGCCGAGGGAACCACCUACAGAGAUGAGCUGCUUACCAAGAUCAUUGACAUCUGCAGCCAGAGCAACUACCAAUACAUCACCAACUUUGAAUGGUACAUCAGCAUCCUGGUGGAGCUGACAAGAUUAGAGGGCACGCGGCACGGCCACCUCAUUGCCUCUCAGAUGCUUGAUGUGGCUAUCAGGGUCAAAGCAAUCCGGGUCUUUGCUGUUGCCCAGAUGGCUUCUCUGUUAGACAACGCCCACCUACUGACUGGGAACAUGCAGCGAAACGGCAUUUGUGAAGUCUUGUAUGCAUCAGCCUGGAUCUGUGGCGAGUUCUCUGAACACUUGGAGAACCCAAUGCAGACUUUGGAGGCCAUGUUAAGGCCCAAAGUGGCCACCUUGCCAGGCCAUAUCCAGGCUGUGUAUGUCCAGAACGCAGCAAAGCUGUUUGCCACCGUGUUAAAGAGCCAGGAGGGGAACACAGACAGCACGGCUGCACAGGAAACCAGCCAGCUAAUGAUAGACAGGCUACCACUUUUUGUCCAGAGUGCCAACCUCGAGGUGCAGGAGAGGGCAUCUUGUAUACUGCAGCUAGUUAAGUACAUCCAGAAACUGCAGCAAAAGGAUGUAGAAGUAGCAGAAGAAGUCAGUGCUCUGUUUGCUGGAGAACUCAAUCCUGUAGCCCCCAAGGCACAGAAGAAAGUACCUGUCCCUGAAGGCCUGGACCUCGAUGCUUGGAUCAAUGAGCCUCCAUCUGAAAGCGAGUCUGAGGAUGAGCAACCUAAGGCCAUUUUUACAAAGGAGGAGACCAAACAUUCACGUCCCCGUCACACAGAGGUGGAUGAGAAAGAGCUGGCAAGGCGGAGAGAAGCCAGAAAGCAGGAGCAAGCCAACAACCCAUUUUACAUCAAGGCCUCCCCAUCCUCUCAAAAGGUGUAUCAGGAAAGCUCUGGAGUGGAACACAUCCCAGUUGUGCAGAUUGACCUUACUGUGCCUCUCAAAGUCCCAGGUCUGCCUAUGUCUGACCAGUACGUGAAGCUGGAGGAGGAGCGUCGGCAGAAAGAGAGGGCAGAGAAAAAGAAGAAGGAGAAGAAGAAGAGGAAAGAAAAGCGCAGUGGACGAGGGAAGAAACACGACUCUGGUCCCGAGAGUGAAGAGGACAUCACACCUGCGCAUAUGGUCGACAUUGUAACGGAGGAAAUGCCAGAGAAUGCCUUACCCAGUGAUGAUGAUGACAAAGACCCCAAUGAUCCUCACAAAGCCUUGGACAUCGACCUGGACAGUUUGGUGGAAUCAGCUGGGCGCAGGCCGCUUGCAGACAGUGAGAAGCUGCCAGUAAGAUCGCACCGUGCAGUAGAGGCUGCAAAAAGCCCAGUGGAAGAUGGAGAGACAGAAAAUGCUGCCCCACAGGAGCCCAAAAAAAAGAACAGCAAAGAAAAGAGGGAGAAGAAGAAAGAUAAAGACAGAGAGAGAAAGAAGAGCAAAGAUGAGAAAAAGAAGAAAAAACACAAACAUGAAGAGAAGGAGGAGGAUCUUCUUGGGGGUGAGGCUGAUGAGCCUGUGGUCCAAUCAGAAGAAGCAAGUGAGGUGGCAGCCCCACCCACUUCCAGCACUGCUGAGGUUUCGGAUCUGGAUUUCUGGCUCUCAAACGCUCCAGUGCCCUCUAACACCCAGGAAGCAGCAACAGUAGCGGCAGCAGAAGCGGCCCCCACGUCUGGGGCACCGUCUGGCGCAGCGCCAGACUCUGAGCCUGAUGAGCCCAAAGAAACCAGCCUGGAGGAGUCUAAGUCCUCCAAGCACAAGAAGAAGAAGCAGAAAAAGGAGAAAGAAGAGAAGGAUAAGAAGAAGAAAAAGAAGCAUCAUCACCAUCACCACCACAGCGAUGGCGGUGGAGAGGAGUCGGUGCAGAAUGGCACAGUCGAGGAGGAGGAGCCUCUUCCGCCCAUGUCCAAUUACUGUCUGCUGGCUGAGAACUCCUACAUCAAGAUGAUGAUGGAGGAUGCUGAACAGGUGUAUGACAUCCAGGGGAACCUGCAGGAUGGUAGUCAGGUUGUGGUGUCUGUUAUAUUCGAAAACAAGUGUGACAGCUUCCUUAAGUCCAUGGAGUUCAAUGUCCUGGACUCUCUGAACUCCAAGCUGCAGAGGCCAGAAGGUUCAGGUCCACAUGAUGGCCUCACCGUCCCCUUCCAACUUCCUCCUGGAGUGUCCAAUGAGGCGCGGUUUGUCUUCACUGUGCAAAGCAUCAUAAUGUCACAGAAACUGAAGGGAACUCUCACGUUCAUUGUUAAGAAUGAAGACUCCUCCACUCAUGAGAAACUGGACUUCAAACUGCACUUUACCUGCACCUCUUACCUAAUCACUACUCCUUGUUACAGUGAUGCUUUUGCAAAGCUGCUCGAGUCAGGAGACCUGAAGAGCAGCUCCAUCAGACUGGAGGGAGUUAAUAUGCCGUUCCACCACCUGCUGGCCAGGAUCUGCUUCCACCACCACUUCUCUGUUGUGGAGAGGAUCGACUCCUGUGCCUCCAUGUACAGCAGGUCUAUCCAGGGUCAUCAUGUCUGUCUGCUGGUCAAAACUUCUGGUCAGACAGUUUCCAUUGACGCUAAAUGUGACGAACAGACGCUGCUUGGGAAUGUGCUGGAUGAGAUCAAGCAGACCUUUUCUCAGUGCUGAUUGUGUCCACCAGCCCCAGGGAGCCCCCGACCGCUCCAUGCUGCCCACUCCCUCACCGAAACACAACAUAAUCCUGCUACAAAACACUGCAGCUGCCACUUCCAGCGUUGUCCUAUUUAUUAGCCCGCCGACUCACAAGGUUUCUUUUCCCUUUCUUCUGUUUUAGUGCCCCAUACUUUCUUCUCUGAACUCUGAAGUCACUCCGUCAUACUUUAUUGUUGUUUUACAGACUCACUGUGUACAUGCUGCAUCUUCUUUGCAAUGCACUUUUCCUUUUUACUCUGGGGUUUUCAAACAGCUGCCCUGUCCCUCCCUGACUCUGCGCAGAGAUCCUGUUUCAGGAUGCAUCACGUCCUCUGCUCUUUCCUGCAUUACCUUUCCACCCUCUACUCUGGCUGUUGAGUCUCUGAUAGUUGACAGUCAUGUAAUGUUAUGUUCAUAGCUGGACUUUUGCUGUUGAUGGUUGAAUUGUAUUUUUACUGUUUGAAGUUUUACGUUUUUGUCAUUAGUUUGUUUUUGUUUGACGUUUUGUUGGUUCUUCUUUUUCUUUGGCUGAAGCCUGUCUGCGCCUUUGUCUCCGUCCUUUCCUUUCACUCACUAAACCUCAAUCCUGCUUGUUCGCAUAGGCCUAGCAAAACAACAUGACUGAAUAUUUUCCAGACUGGUUCUAGCAGCAAAAGAGCACUCUAACCUGAUCACCCACCACUGACCUGAUGGCUGGAGAAGACCAGACACUUCGCAGCUGCAUUGACAGUAAAACAGAGAUAAAACCAGAGCUAAAUACAAUAAAAUACAGGAGUUGUAAACUUGUAAAAGGCUUUUGGGAUCAGAGCGGAGUCAGUGUAUGACACUGCUGGUGACGUCUGCAGUGGUUUGGUGAUUUUUGCUCUGUGCCUUAGCCCCUGUUGUCUGACCUACUCCAGCACUUGAGGAUUAUUUUAGAGCCCCACCUCUCUCCUCAGUAUAUCUGUUGAUCUAGCUGUGCUGAUCCCCGUCACAUUGAACGUUAAAUCUCUCUCUACAAAUGUUAAAAAUGUUGAGGAAAAAAAAUUGUUGAAGUGGACUGUCAUUUUUGGAUGGUUUUCUGUCAACUCAAAAACAUCUCUGUUCUCUUCAUAUUCAACUUUGAUUAUUUAGUUAGAUAUCAGCAGAUGUCAUUAUUGCAACCCAAACAAAGGAAAUGGUUAUUUCUGGGAAGCAAAUGUUGUAAAGGAGACUCUGUUCUGUCUCUUCUUUGUUUACACAUAAACAAAACAAUCUAGCAAUGAAAUGCCCGUGCUGCACUUGCUGUGUCAAGUUGAAGCACCAUGGAAUUACAUUGUCAGUUUCAUCUAUUAACAGCUACUGCUGAGGAUUUCUAUGAAUCAGUAUUAAGUCAAUAUGGGUUUCAAUUUGAGGAAGCAUUUACUCAGUCUUCAUGUGAAUUAUUUGCACCUGUGCCAGUGGGAUAUUUUCACGUCCGUAGCUCCAUCAGUGCUGGCUUACGUCCAGAUAAAUCCAUGGUGUUUCUUUGCCCUUCUGGAACAGUCUCGCUACCUUUUAUGUGCUUUAACACAUCAUGAGAAGCAUGAUUUUGUUUUUUUUCUUCCCUUCCUAAGAAUCAGCCUCCUCUUAGAAGCUUCUAUGGGGUAGUUGAUGUUUUAAUUUGUGUAAUUCAUAAUUUAGGUCACUAUCCGAUCCAACUAACCUGGUAGUAGCAAGAUUAAAACUGACUCAGUAGCGUCUGUUUAUAUUUAUAUAAAUAUAUAUAUACUGCUAAGGCCCCUUCACAUCUGUCUGCUAUUGUAGAUAACUGUUAUAAUUGUUUGUGACCAGAAGUUCAGGUUAGCCAUUCCACUAGUUAUUCAGUCCAGUAGUAAAGUCUGAAUACGGAGGUGAUCAUUUGUUUUUUUGUUUUUUUCUGGAAUGUUAAUAGAAGAUAUGUAUGUAUUCCUUGUUCCCAAAAAUGACUGACAACCGUCAAUCCCAAAAAUGACUUGCCUAAUCAUGCAUUGUCCUUUUUCUGAGCAUUCUGUGCAUAAUAGAUUAAAAUGUUUAUAUUGCAUGAGUAGGAAUGUACACCUUUAUUUCCCUGUUUGUUUUAUGAACAUGCUUACAUACAUGGAAACAAGACAUUCCAAAUGGUCCUCUUUUCCUCUUGAGAUUUCUUUUUUUUUAAUUAAAUGAAGUUUACUUGACCAUUCUCCUUUUUUUUGAUGGUAUUGUUUUCAUCUGUUCAGUUAAAAGAAAUAUCAUUGAAUGUUUUUAAUUAUUAAGCAUGGGGGGGAGGAAGGGGCUUCUGUUUGAUGUUAUGACUUUGAGGGUGUGAGGCUCAGAAAAUGUUUAAAAGGACAGGUCACAUGAAGCAGUGUACUGAGAAACAACCCACUCUGUCUUAAUUCUUUUAGUUCAGUUGUAGUGAGUUAUUUUACCAAGUUUGGCUUGUGACAUUGAAAUAUAUUCUCAAAAUGACAGAUCUUGGUCAUGUCUUUUUUUUCUCCAUAUUCACUUGUCAAGCUUACAAUGUACAAUGUCGUAAUUUAAAGGGGUUUAAAUAAAUUAUGUACACCCCCUUUAAAUAACGUUCACCCAAACUGAAAAUAAAAACUGUAAGAAGCUG